GUACAUUUAAACGGGAAAGUCAUUGUUAUGGAGAUGAGCGCAACACACCUUCGCGCGUCAGGAAGAAGGAAGAAGGACUCCUGCUUAUUCGUCUCAAUGUGAUCUUGGUGUGUGCUGCUGGUUUGACCGACUGUCUUUUUCCAUGCCCGUGGUGUAAAGUUACAGUGUCUAACCGGGGUUUUGUGCCUUUUUGCGCGGUGGAAUGAGUUUUAUAAACUGGAGGCGUAGCGUAAAGAAAAAAGACGCGAGCAAGAAUGCCAGAGAAGCUCCAGACAUCGCUGAUGGCCCUAACUCCCCAAGCCGGUUGGCAGUUAUAAACAGUCCAGCUAUGGAUCCUAUCAUCACAGACUUCAGGUUACAGCUCCCGGAUAAUCAUGUUGCUCUGGUAUCAACCAAUACAGUCAAUGGGUGCUCUCGGUCAGACCUAUCAUUGGCGCUUGAGGACUGCAUGGCCGCUCUCGAUCUCUUCCUCAGGAAUGAGUUUGAGGAGGCCCAGACACGACUCCGAUCCAGAACUAAAGACAGCAUGUACCAUGCUCUGACCUAUGCCACAAUCCUAGAAAUGCAAGCCAUGAUGACAUUUGACCCUCAACACAUCCUUACUGCUGGAAACACCAUGAAGGAGGCUCAGGCUAUCUGCCAAAGGCAACGCAAAAAGUCAAGUUUUUCCAAGACCUUCACAGAGGAGGAACUCCAUGCAGAGGUGUGCUAUGCUGAAUGUCUCCUCCAAAGAGCAGCACUCACCUUUCUUCAGGAUGAAAACAUGAUAAGUUUUAUUAAAGGUGGAAUUAAAGUGAGAAACAGCUACCAGACAUACAAGGAGCUUCACACAAUCCUUCAAUCCACUGGAUACACUCAGGCAGACAACCAUGGCCAUUUUGAGGGAGGUGUUAAACUUGGUGUUGGGGCAUUUAACUUGAUGAUUUCUAUGUUACCCACACGGACGCUAAAGCUUUUGGAGUUUGUUGGUUUUUCAGGUAACAAGGAGUUUGGUCUCCAACAGCUUCUGGAAGGCUCUUCAGAAAGCACAUUCAGGUCUUUCUUGUGCAACAUGCUGCUACUCUGCUAUCACACAUUUAUGAGCUUUAUAUUAGGAACUGGAGAAGGAGAUGUUGAAGAUGCAGAAAAACUGUUGCAGCCAUAUCUUGAAAAAUAUCCAAAGGGGUCAAUAUUUCUGUUCUUUGCUGGUCGAAUAGAGGAGAUUAAAGGCAACCUGGAUGCUGCUAUUAAGCGUUUUGAGGAGUGCUGCGAGGCUCAGCAGCAAUGGAAGCAGUUCCACCACAUGUGCUAUUGGGAGCUCAUGUGGUGCUUUACAUACAAGAGACACUGGAAGAUGGCUUAUUUCUACGCUGACCUACUCAGUAAAGAAAACUGUUGGUCCAAGGCCACCUAUGCCUUCAUGAAAGCUGCCUACCUCAGCAUGUUAAGUGAGGAUGAUUGCCUCACUUUUGGGGAGACUGAAGUUGCUUUGUUCAGACAGGUUCCAAACUUGAAGCAAAAAAUAGCUGGGAAGUCAUUGCCAACAGAGAAGUUUGCCAUUAGGAAAGCUCGUCGAUACCUUGCAGAAAAACCUAUUCCUCUUCCUGCUGCACCACUGGAGAUGAUGUACAUCUGGAAUGGCUACACAGUCAUUGGGAAACACAAGGACUUGACUGAAGGAAUGUUGAAAACACUGAAUGAGGCACAAGCUAAACUUGAAAGCAGUCUAAGGACUGAGUUCACUAUAGAUGAUCAGUGUUUACUGAGCCUCCUGAAAGGAUUGUGUCUAAAGCACCUGGGUCAUCCGGAAGAAGCGGAACAUUACUUUACCCUUGUACUCUGCAAUGAGUCUCAAAUAAAGUAUGACCAUUACCUGGUUCCAAAUGCCCUGCUGGAGCAUGGUCUGCUGUGUUUAGAGCAAGGCAGAAAUAAUGAAGCCAUCAAACUCUUAGAAGCAGCAAAACAAAAUUACAAAAACUAUUCAAUGGAGUCACGGACACACUUCCGAAUUCAAGCUGCUUUGCAAAAGGCAAGGGGCAUUAUGGAAAAUGGAACCCAGGAGCUUUGUAGCCCAUAAUAGACAGUGGGGGGUGCUCUAGAGCAGAAAAUGACUUCUGACAUGUGCAUCUUUAUCAGGGACAGAGACUUUAGGAGGAGGAACUAUGUAAAGCCUAGUGUAUUAUCAACAAAGCUCUGUGCACCUUAGAUGGAUUUACAGCACAUUGCCACAUUGUUCUGAUAUCAGCUCCACUUAUUCAUUUGUUACGGUUUAGAUCAGUGGUUCCCAAUCAUGUUACAUUUGGGAUCCCCUGGGUGGUUUGAGAAAACAGAAAAUAUCUUUGUCCUGCCAGAGAAAAAACUGUAUUCUAAAGAAAGUCCUUUAUAUAAACAUCAUUAUUUAAAAACAUUUUUACAUUAACCAUAAUCAGGCCCGUUGACAUGAUAACAUUUACAUAAAUUAAUAGGAAAAGAGCUUCCCCCCAGUCCAUCAAAUCUUUACAGUGAGUCAUAGUAAUAUGGAGAAAAUAUUGAAUCCCAUCAUGUUUUCUGUGAUAAGUAUGUAUUCCUUAUAUUAAUACUGCACUAUAUGACACUGACACAAUAUUGCAAACUUUCAAAAUAUUUUAUUUUCAAUUUAACACCAUUUUAAUAAAAAAAAUAAAUAAAUAAAUCAUAGGCUACUCUAGUUAGUCUUUUUAAAAUAAUAUUAUUACUGUGGAUCCACUCUGAAACUUUAAUGAUGCCCUUGGGGGGGUUAUAGCUCUUACUUUGGGAAUCACUGAUAUAGAUGGUAUAGGCAGUUUUUGUGCUUGUAAUUUAUUUAGACUUUAGACAUUUGUGCAAAGAUCUACAUCUGUAAUGGUACAGUCUAGCUCAAAUGGUGGAAACCAAUAAUUUAAGUUAAAAUUUAAUGAGGCAGGUAGUAGAAAUAGACAAUGUGAUCAUGUUGCCAUAGUUUACAUACAUUACUUUAGCAUAAAAAUACAUUGUGUUUAUUAAAUAUACAAAUAAUUAAAUCAUUUUUAGGAAAGACUUUUCAGAACACAAAAUUUUUUUUUUUUCAGCAUGCUACACAAACUUGUCCACUAGUGAGAGUUGUGCUUAACAUCAUGUAUAUAUUGUAAAAUGUAAAUUGCGGGUUUUAUGUUGUCCUAUUUUAAGAGGACGGAAGAAUGUGUCUUUCAGAAAGGCAGUCUACUCCUUUUUCUCCUGUUUUGUGGGACAGUCUCCAUCAGGACUUCAGCUU